GGGUCACAGACUCAGCUUUUAAAGGGCCAAGGAGACUGGUGAACCAGAGAGCCUAUGCCCCACUUGAAUGGGGCAACUUCCACUCAGCUCUAGCCAGUUGGUGUCACGUGGAAAUACAGGUUAGCUGAUGAAUUGCAUAUGCCAUCUCUCCCUGAGAUGAUGUUUGGAGACAACGUUUUAAGAAUCCAGCAUGGCUCUGGCUUUGGGAUUGAGUUCAAUGCUACAGAUGCAUUAAGAUGUGUGAACAACUACCAAGGAAUGCUUAAAGUAGCCUGCGCUGAAGAGUGGCAGGAAAGCAGGACGGAGGGUGAGCACUCUAAGGAGGUUAUUAAGCCGUAUGACUGGACCUAUACAACAGAUUAUAAGGGAACGUUACUUGGAGAAUCACUUAAGCUAAAGGUUGUACCUACAACAGAUCAUAUAGAUACAGAGAAAUUGAAAGCCAGAGAACAGAUUAAGUUUUUUGAAGAAGUUCUCCUGUUUGAGGAUGAACUUCAUGAUCAUGGAGUUUCAAGCCUGAGUGUGAAAAUUAGAGUAAUGCCUUCUAGCUUUUUCUUGCUGUUGCGGUUUUUCUUGAGAAUUGAUGGGGUGCUUAUUAGGAUGAAUGACACAAGACUUUACCAUGAGGCUGACAAGACCUACAUGUUACGAGAAUAUACAUCACGAGAGAGCAAAAUUGCUAAUUUAAUGCAUGUUUCACCUUCCCUCUUCACGGAACCUAAUGAAAUAUCACAGUAUUUGCCGAUAAAGGAGGCAGUUUGUGAGAAGCUAAUAUUUCCAGAAAGAAUUGAUCCUAACUCUGCAGACUCAAAAGAAUGUACACCUGUGGAAUAGAAUUUAUUACAGCAUA